ACCCUCUUCAAGAUUGUGUUGCAGUUUUAUCUGAAAAAUAUGACUGUCAUGAUGAUUCAGUUAACUCAUUAAACCUGAAUACAUCACAAAUAACAUUUUUAUCUUUAUGUUAUAUUGGAUUUUUACAUAAUGAAAAUGUUGUAUGUAUGAAAACAUUGCUAAAUUUGAAUCUGGACUGAAUGAAGUUAAUGGAUUAUUGUGGGAGCAAAUUUCUAAAAUUCCUCAUUCGUUAGAAAUUUAUACUCAUCAUAAAAUCAUGCUGUGGUGGUGUUUCAAAAAUCAACCUUUAAAUGAACUAAGUAUUUAUACGCUUCAGACUUGGUUGGAUUUUAGUGUUCUCCAUGAAAAUGCAAUGCUUUCCUCUCUCUCAAUGAAAACAGUUCUGCAACUUUUGUGCUUCAAUGAUACAGCUCGAGAAUGUUUCAUGAGACAAUUCAAUGUUAAACCUGAAGCUAGUUUUUCCUUUUUGAAAAAAGCUCUUCAGCUAGAGGUAAAAGAAAUUGAUAUAAGUACUGAGAAAUUUGAAGAAUUUAUAAGUUUUAUUAUGCAGCAUCUGGCAACUUCUAUUACAAAGCUCUUAGUUGUGAAAAACAAGUCGGAAAGAAAAUCUUAUGGAUCUACAAGAUAUCUGAGUGCAACAAUUCAAAAUGAAAUGAUUGAGAGCUUGGGGACUAAACUCGAAACCCAUCUACUAGAACAAAUUAGAGGGUCACCGUUUUUUGCCAUCAUAAUGGAUACGACACAGGACAUAUCGAAGGUAGAUCAGCUGAGCAUUGUUGUGAGGUUUUUGAAAAUUGGAUUGGAAUGUCUUGUUUGGAACAAUGAAAAUAACUAUUCAAUUAGUCCUGAUUUAAAAAUAAAACUAACAUUUCAUGUAAUGAAUUUUUGCUGUAAAGAGAGCUUAGAAAGUACUUCCCAUUUGAAUGUUUGCUUAAAGUUUCUGCGAUUAUCAGUAACAGAUGCUGAAGUUGGUUCUAAAGCCUGGCAUAUUAUUACAGGAAAUGUGAACAUUCCAGCUUUUUUUGUGAAGUGCCUUUUUUCAAACAACCAACCAGAAGUUGAAGCUCUUCAUUUAAUUUUGGUUAUUUUAAAACUUGAAUUUCAAGCAAAUUUAAAAUGUUCUACACACGUUACUUUAUCUUUAACUCACAUUUUAAAAUGGAUGAAUAAUUCAAGUAUGAAAUUGCUUAGUUUGGAAAUAAUAUAUCAGCUACUAUUGAUGGACUUAAAAUCUCACUUCGUCAAACUUGCUUCAACUGAAAUAUUAUCAACAAAGUUUUCUUUACAAAGAAAUGAUUUCAGAUUGUUAGCAUUCUCCAUUGAAAAUGCUUUAAUGCUGGGUAAUCCAAUGAUUGAUAAUGUUGCUUUGUCAAGUUAUACUAAGCUGAUUGAGUUUAUUGAGAAAACUGAUCCCUCUCUUGUGCACCAUAUUUUACUUAGACCCUGGUUGAAAAUUCUUUUAGAGUCAAAAUUAGAAAACAUUGAAAAAUACUGGUUUUUAUUUGAAAAGUGCUACAGUUUGAAUGAAGAAAAUCUUACUCUGAUUACGAUUUUUCAACAGUUUGCUGAAAGAAUACCGAGCAUUUAUCAAGAAUUAAAUAAGCAAAAAACUAAAAGUAUCGAAAAGGUUUUCUGUGCAGUGGCCAAUCUGAGGAUAUUGUGCGCAGCAGAGAAAAUCUGUCUGGCUGGUACUUUUAAAAUAUAGUUCCAAUUCUUUUUACACAGCUUUAUACCAUCCUUGCCAGAUAUAUGGGGAUGAUGUUUCCUUUUGCCUUACUUGCAAGAUAAGCGAAAGGAGACUUACCUCCCUCUUUUCCAGCAGAUGAAAGCUAAAGCAAGAGACAUUGGCCUCAAUUUUGCACCUGCCUGUAGUAUGCUAGAUUUUGAAGUGGGAGUAAUGGCAGCCCUAAAUGAAGAAUUUAAAGACAUUUCAAUCAAGGGCUGCUAUAAAAAAAAAUACUUCCACUUUGCUCAAAGUGUUUGGAGAAAGGUAAAUGUAACCUGUUAUAAAAUUUUAUUUUUUGUUAUCAGCUUUAAAGUGUAUACAGUACAAGAUCUAUGAUUUAUAAUAAAACAUUAACUUUA